AUGUUUCGUCAACACAGGGCCGGCCAUGCGUACCACGAUCCCAGAGGCAGAGCGUACACGAAAACCACCGUAGCUGUAAAGACUGUUAAAGGUAAUGUUUCAAGUCAAGAGAUCUGUAUUUCAACUUGUGUAACAUUUACCAUGGUGGAGGGGGACAAAAAAGGAAUUUUGUUUAUAGUUACUGUAGGAGCUGAUAAUAUGCAGGGGAGGGUACGAGUUACCAGGUUACCUGCGCGGUAAUUAUUUGGGAGACGGGGUAGGGUUGAUUUGGGAAUCUGUGCCUACCAGUGGAAAAAACUCCAGCCAUGCCCCUGGAUUCAGCAUGGGUGAGGUGGACAAUUCACAUAGGGCCUCUCUCUUACAUGAGUACCGUUCGUGCUCAUUCCUAUCGCUGAGGUUUGUGCCCAGUUAAACUGAACGUUGCUUGUGACAUGGUCACAUGGACUCCACUAGAACCUGUGGAAACUGCACUUUUUUUAACUGACCGAGUACGAUGUUUUGGCACUUCAGGGGGAGCUACUGAAGAGGAAGUUAGAGACCUGGUAUCAGAGCUGAAAAUUCUAAUUUACGUUGGAGAACACAAAAACAUUGUAAACCUCCUUGGUGCUUGUAUCAAGCGAGAUCGUAUCCUUGUCAUUCUGGAAUAUGCACCACAUGGGAGUUUACAAAAGUUCUUACGAGGCAAGCGAGAUGUUUAUGAAGCAACCUGGACUGCGACUGCCAGUGACCCAGAGAUAGGAUUGAAUAUAUCAAGUCUUGUAAACUACUGUUACCAAAUAUCCUGUGGAAUGGAAUACCUGGCAUCUAAAAAGGUUAUGUAGUAAUGUUGUCCCGUUCAAGGAUUCCCACAUUUCUGAAGAAAAUUCAGUUCUAACAAGAGCUGUUGACCUUUUUGGCUUAUGUUUUAUUUUCCCAUUUCACACCAAGUGAUGUUCUCAAGGCAAUUUGCAUUUGGUCUUUUCAUAAAAUAUGCAUACAUAUAUGCUCGUGGAUGCACGAGCAAAGCACAACUUUGGAAAGGAACGGUUCUCUGGGGUACCAUCACGUGGUCUGAAAAAGGGAAGACAAAACAUACAGGCUAAAAAGAUCUAUUCUCCAGCACUUGCUUAUUUUCUCCGUUUGGCUUCAAGGAGUUUUGUCAUGAUUUAAAUCGUUCAUUCGACCGGCUAAAUCUGCGCCUAUUUGUUUGUUUUUCGCGUUUAACAGAGUAUGACUACUUGAACCGGGGCGCUUGAAAGAUUAUUAUCCAAUCAAAUCGUUUGAACUUACCGUUUUUUUUAAAAAAAACAAGAGAUUCUCUGUUAAUGUAAACGGACCAAAACAAUUCAAUGUGCAACUAUGAAACUGUUGAUAACUUAAAAACCGUUUGAGCUUACCUGACCUCUCAGGAAUUAGCCCUCCAAUUUAAUGAGAAUAUCUUUUGUUUUCAAAAACCGCCAUGAUUAUUAUGAUUUGUGUUUGGAUAAUCUAUUUCCAAACGCCCAGCUUCGAGUAUUCGCACUGUAAGAGUUUAUUAUGAGUAAUAAGUGGUAAAAAGUAAAGUAACUCAGAGAGAGGAGACCUCAGUAGCCAAAAGCUCGCGCAAAGGAUUAGAAAAAGCAACAUGUAGGCGAAAAGGUUACGGGAACUCAGAAGCGUGCGCAACAGCUGUGACAUUAAAUCAGCCAUGAACCGGGAGCGAAAGAAGCGAAGACGUAAGUGUCCGUAGCGUUGGUUCCUCACUGACAAUUCAGCGUUCGAGAGUAAGUGAAGAGCAUUGUUUAACAAUGUUUAGUCUUUAUUUACUUUUACUUUCUGUAGCGUGUGCACUUCUCUGUUGGUAUAAAAAAUUUUUUUCCUGUUUUUACCGUGGUUAUUAUUAUUAUUAUUAUUAUUAUUAUUAUUAUUAUUAUUAUUAUUAUUAUUACGAAAAUAGCAAAAAUCUUUAUUAACAUAUGACCAAUUUACAUUCCACUAUCAUAGACUAAAAUUUUGUUGAAAUAAAAAUAUUAAAACUAAGAUCAUAAAACAAUAAUUUACAAGCUCACCCCAUUAUCGACUUUCUAAAAUUAGCGGACUUAUUAUUAUUAUUAUUAUUAUUAUCUCCUUCUUGUUUCUGAUGUCUUGAUUUUGCAUUUCUUUUUUUAAACAUAUCUGUUUUAUCUAGUGUGUUCACCGAGACUUGGCGGCCAGAAACGUUCUUGUUGGAAAAGACUACGUCAUGAAGAUCGCUGACUUUGGUUGCCCUCGAAAUAUUUACAAGAGUGACUUAUAUGAGAAGACAAACAGUGGUGUUUUGCCAAUGAAGUGGAUGGCGAUAGAAUCAUUGUUUUUGAGGGAGUACUCAGAGAAAAGUGAUGUGUAAGUACAAAUGACAUUGUGCGGUUCCAGAAAAUAUCCGUACUCCCCACGGAAGGGAUCGGAUUUUCCAGAGGGGAGGGGGGGGUCAAUUUGCCUAAUUUUCCAGUGGGGAGCGGGGGGGUCACCAUAGGGAAAUAUUUCCUGAGGGUUCUCGUGACCCGUAAUAGAGUAACAAAGAAAAAACACAAAAAUUUACCACGACAAUUUAUUUGUGAAGAUAUAAAACACGACGAAAGUUAAAGAGCUACUAAACCUAUGGAUUAAUGGACAUAGCGAACAUAUUUUGUCAGUCCCUUGGCGUGACCUCUCACGAGAAAACGUUCCUUACGGUUUGCCGUUUUCGAACGCAUUUGGUAUCCGUUUGAACGGUUUGGGGUAUCCGUUCAAAAAAAACUGUCACCCGUUCGAACGGCUUUGGCUAUCUGUUCGGGAAAAAUUGUCAUCCGUUCGAACGGCUUGGGCUAUCCCCUUUGAAAAAACUUGUCAUCCAUUCGAACGGCUCGGGCUAUCUGUUCGAAAAAGAAUUUGUCGACUGUUCGAGCGACUGAAGCUAUCUGUUCAAAGAGUUUCCAUCCCAAAUCCAUUUCAUCGCUAGCUACCCGCGUCGAACGAUCUGUUAUUCUCCAGGUCACGUACGUUACGAAGUUUGUUUACAAACGCAUCAUAUAUGAAUAGUUACGGGUAUCUGCUCCUUUGUAGCCAUCUUCGCUUUCACAUUAUCAAUUGAUUAUCGGCAGUAUUGACAUAUGUUUUAUUCAACACUUAAUUUUUUUUUUUUUUCAACAAGUUUCCCGAAAAUAAUAUUUUUUAUCUUUUACGCUUUUGUAUCUUUUAUCUUUUACGCUUUUUUAUGAGCCAGCGGAACGAAACUUCAUUUUCCUUGCAUGUCGAGAACACAAAACACGAAAAAUAGAUUUUUUUAAUUGGUUGCAUUUCUUCAUCUCUUGACUGUUUCUCUAUCAAAAAGAACGAGUCUUUUCCAGCACGUUAAACUUUGCGCGACAAUUUAUCGGCGACGUGCAAUUUUACCGCAAACUCACAUAUGCAAAUUUGAUAGAACAAAAUUCGAUACUCACACUGUCUUGUCGCGCCACGAGGUCCUGAUCUCUUUAAUUGCGGUAUUUAUUCGAAUAAGCGCCCAACCUCGAAUUAGCGCCCACCUCGAAUAAGCGCCCAUACUAAAGGCAGAAAAAGUUAAUAAGCGCCCAGCCUCGAAUAAGCGCCCACCCCCUCCUCCUCCCAAUCAAACUCAAAUAAGCGCUCACCCCCACCCCACCCUCUUGAGUGAAUAAAUUCUAAUAAGAGACUUCCCCGAGGACGGAGUUUUCUUCAAAGUAUUUUACAGAAAUGUUGCUUUGUUCCUUCCUCGCGUUUUGUUAUUAGCAUUUCUUGUUUUGUUGCAAAAUAAACAUACUUCACUUGCUGAAAAUGGUGAAAAUUUAAUAAGCGCCCAGCCUCGAAUAAGCGCCCACCCUCAAGGUCCAAAAAUUUAAUAAGCGCCCAGGGUGGUUAAUCGAAUAAAUACGGUAUACUUCUUCAAGUGCUGCUUUCUUCUUGACGCAGUGCGAGAAAGGUACAGUUAUGUUUCCUACGCGACCUUGCAUUUCAUUUGCAGAAUUGGAGAAUUCAAUAGAAAUUACAAGAAACGCACAAAAUCUGUCUGUGACUUGAGCGCAUAAGGAGUUCGUAUAAGGAGUUCGCUUCUCUGUUAUACAAUUCAAAAGAAAAUGAACAAAACUCACAAAAUUUGGCAUCCUAGGGAACAAAACUACUUCUUUGUUCCCUUCAAUUAGAGAUAGCAAAAUUUCCAGGGAUGUGCGAAAAUUUUGGAAAUUCCAGAGGAGAGGGGGGGUCAUACGGCAAAUCCCUUCCUUGGGGGGGGGGGGUAUGGAUAUUUUCUAGAACCACACAUUUAAAAAAAUGAAUGAAGGGAGAAUAUGAAAAUAUGGGGGGAUCGUACUCAAGGAUGACAACUAUAUAAUUAGUGCGUAACUAGGGAUUCAAAUUAAAAAGAAGCUGGCCUUUUGAUUACUGCAAUUAAGUUAAACUUGCCAUAACAUAGUUAAGUAGGCGCCCUCCGAUUGGUUGAGAAGUAUGUUUGCAUGCGAGUAACAGUUAAACGCAGCCACGCAACCAUCUUUUGAAAAAACUCGACAAGUUUACUUUAUUAAUCCAUAACUUAGACGCAUGGAACUUGAAAAAUCUUUAAAAACAUGCUAUAUCAAAGUUUUUACGCUGAAGACGACAUUUUAAGGGAGAACAAUCCGUCCUUUAAAAUAUCACCUUUUUUAACAAGAAGCCUUGACUGUGCUCUGUUCUGUACGUUGUAAAGCACGCACGACUGGCAGCGGCUAGAACACGAAAGAAGUGUAGGGGGGAACACGAGAUGUAGUCGAGUGUUUCUCUCCACUUCUUGAGUAGUACAACACAAUGGAGCUCAGUCAAGACUUCUUUAUUUGUUUUAUGAAUAUAAAGAAUCCGUUAAAUUCCCCACACAUUCCUUUCUAAUUUUCAAAACAAUCUUUAUUAUUUUUUUAAAGCAAAAGAGUGUCGUCAGCAUGUUUUAUACUCUAAUAAAGCACGCUUUUGCAACAAAUCGGAGCGCACGUUAUAUCUGAACUUUAUUAUAAAUCCAAAACAAAAACGUACUGAUUGCACGU